UUGAAGCAACAGAAUUGUUCUCAUGAAUCAUGAGGGAAUCCUGCAGAAUUUUUCUUUGAGCAGAGUUGGAUAAUAUGAAUGGAUGAGAAUACCCAUCUGAAUCACGCCAGCUCAGCACUUUUGUCCGAACACAGACUGUCCAAUGUCCAUGUAUAAAUAAAUCUCACACGUGGGAUAAAUGGAAGUAAAAGCUCAAAGGUGAAGGCCGACACGAUGUUGACAUGGAGAAGGGUACGAGCAUAAAAGUCUCGAGAGACAGACAUGGUUGUGGAGAGAGAAAGCGCUCAGGUUUCUCAGACAGAGAGAGAGAGAGGGGGAUUUGAAAGGUGGGUUGGGAUUUGAGGGAUUAAGAUUGAAAGUUUGGGUUUUGGUACUUGGGUUUGAUUGCUGCUUUGCAUUGAUAGAGUUGGUGUUGAAGGCCUUUUGAUGAUUCUUUCAGUUUCAUCUUCUGUUAUUACAAUCUGCAAGGAUGCAGCUGGAGUCGCCGGGAAUAUCUUUGCUUUUGGGCUGUUUGUGUCCCCUAUAGCCACUUUUAGGAGAAUCCUCAGAAACCAGUCAACAGAACAGUUCUCAGGGUUGCCAUAUAUAUAUGCUCUUUUGAAUUGCUUGCUCUGCAUGUGGUAUGGCGCACCCAUCAUAUCUUCCGACAAUGUAUUGGUUUUGACUGUCAAUUCGGUCGGUGCUGUCUUUCAGUUGAUCUACAUAACACUCUUCAUAGCAUAUGCCGAGAAAGUGAAAAAGAUUAGGAUGUUUGGAUUGUUGCUGGCAGUUUUUGGGCUAUGUGCAAUCAUAGUGGCUGGGAGCUUGCAAAUAAUUGACGCUGCAAUUCGCCGGAUGUUUGUUGGGUUCCUGAGUGGUGCUUCUCUCAUAUCAAUGUUUGCUUCUCCAUUGUUUAUAAUUAAUUUGGUGAUCCGUACAAAGAGUGUUGAAUUUAUGCCAUUUUAUCUCUCCCUUUCCACCUUCCUAAUGAGCUCAUGUUUCUUCAUAUAUGGACUACUUAAUUACGAUCCCUUCGUCUCUGUCCCAAAUGGCAUAGGAACUAUUUUGGGGAUUGUACAAUUGGUGUUGUACUUCCACUAUAACAAUAGAUCGAGGGAAGACUCCAAUGAACCUUUCAUAGUGUCAUAUGGAUGAUUAUUGAUGCUGACAAGCAAAGGUAAAUUCCAAUGCUGUUUUUGUACGCGAAAUAAGAAGGAAAACUGCUCGAAGUAAAGAAUGGUAAAAGGUUUCAACUUGAUACUUGAAACCAUGUCUUCAGAUAUUCAACCUCCUUACUCCCUCCUUCCACUUUGUUCGUCAUUGUAUAUCUGAGCAUCUGUAAGUGCAUGCAAUUUUAUAUAAAAAAAAUUAAGGAUUAUUUGAAAAUUUGUCACUCUUUCUCUUAGUUUUCUUAUUCAUUUUUCUCCCCAAAUGUGUUGCAACAUAAAAGUGUGGUUUGAACAUACGAGUGUCUAAGGAAAAGAUCAUCAAAUCAGCAGUAUUCCAUACUCUUCUGCUUGUAUUUUCCCCAGAAAGGUCAAACCUGUUAAGCCCUUUUUUGA